UACACUAUCAUUAAUUUGGUAGGAUAAAGAAAGUUGAAUUAAAUUAAGAAAAAUGAGUUUGAAGAAGAACAGCCCUCAAAUUCAUGAUCACAAGGGAGGCUCUCCAUACCUGUCUCGCCAAUCAUCCAAUAAUUCCAGUAGUUUUAGGGCAAAGCAACAGAAGAAUAUCAUUGUGGAGCCACCAAGCCCUCUACUGGUUGGGUGCUGCAGAGGCUUCAGCAAUGGCAAGACCACAGCCUCCACAUCACACCAACAAUAUCUGCCAUACCAAAGGCUGCAACAAAAGGUGGAAGAUUUGGAAAAGGAAGUGCAAAAACAGACAGAACUACGACUGAUGUACAGGAAAAGAAUGGAAAGGACACAAGAUUAUUUGAGGUAUUGCCUUCAAAUAGCACAAGAAAAUGGAAUAUUGGAUCUCAUUGUUCACUCCAAAGGUGAACUUCAACAAUCUCCACUCUCUCUCAGCUCCACUGCCAGCCCUCAAAUUCAAAUUCUCACUCCACCACACCACAUGCAUGCUCACCACCCUGAUCUAGCACCCAUUAUUGAUCAAGCAAAAAUUAAUGGUUGGUAUAUUGAUCCAAGUGAGGUUGAAUUGGAAGAGAAAAUUGGGCAAGGAAGCACCGCAGAGAUUCACAAAGGAACAUGGCGUGGAUUUGAGGUGGCAGUGAAGUGCAUAUCCGAAGAAUUCUUCCGCACAAACGAAAACGGCGUCGCAUACUUCUCUCAAGAGCUGGAAACGCUCUCGCGCCAGCGCCACAGGUUCGUGCUUCAGCUGAUGGGCGCGUGCAUCCACCCUCCCCGACGCGCGUGGCUCGUCACCGAGUACCUCACCACCACGCUCAAGGACUGGCUGCAUGGGCCUGGGAACAGGCGCAAAGACCGAAUGGCGCCACUUCCACCCUUCAAAGAGAGACUGGGCCGGGCCUUGGAAAUAGCCCAAGCCAUGCAGUAUCUCCAUGAGCAAAAGCCCAAGCUCAUUCACCGCGACUUGAAGCCCAGCAACAUUUUCCUCGAUGAUGCCUUGCACGUCAGAGUCGCUGAUUUUGGUCACGCGCGCUUCUUGGGCGACGACGAAAUGGCUCUCACCGGAGAAACAGGAACAUAUGUGUACAUGGCACCGGAAGUAAUUUGUUGUGAACCUUAUGACGAAAAGUGUGAUGUGUACAGUUUUGGGAUUAUAUUGAACGAACUACUAACAGGAAAUUACCCAUACAUUGAGACAGAAUAUGGUCCAACCAAGAUUGCAAUGGAAGUUGUGGAGGGUAAAUUGCGGCCUAAGCUUGUAGACGAUGAAAUUAAGCAAAUGGGAGAGCUUAUUGACCUUAUUUGCCUUUGUUGGGAUAGAAAUCCAUCUACUCGACCAUCCUUCGCUACAAUCACCUUUUGCCUCAAAAGUUACACCACAAAGAAUCUCCUUUAAACCUCAUCUUAAUACAUUCAAUUAAGUAAGUAUGAGAUAAAAUUUAAGUAAAUUCUUUAAGUAUCAAAAUUAGAGAUUUAUUUUAAUAAUAUGCAUAAAUAUAUAUUAAUGAGAUCUGCAUUAAAUAUAAAUGCAUAUUAUAUAAAUAAAUUUUUAAUUCUAUUUAGAGAAUAUCACGGUACUUGAAAAAUUGUACUUAAAUUUUACCCUUAA